CACACACACACACACACACAUGCACUGAACAGCUGACAGCAGAAGAAGAAGGCCAGCAGAUUUAUUUAUAGCAGAGUUCCUCUGAGUCUCAGACCGGUUCUGUUCCAGUCCUGCUUUUCUCCUCCUGCCCACCGUCCUCUGUCAGUCAUGCCCAGCAGCCAAGCCCGGAGCCGGGCCAGGGACCGUAACAACGUCCUGAACCGGCCCGAGUUCAUGUCCCUGAACCAGCCAAUUCGUAGGGAACACUCUGCUGGGGAGGGACGGGCCGGUGGUCCUAAGAGACCCGUGUUGAGACAGCAGAGUCAGCAGGACGAGUCAGGAGGAAGGGGGUCCAGAGACUCCUCUGAGGGAGCCCAAGCAGCAGACGGGGGUCCGAAGGAGGCAUCUCGCUGGCCAGAGCAGGACUGUAUGCAGCUGAACCCCACAUUUAGAGGCAUUGCCAUCAACUCUCUGCUCGCCAUUGACCUCAGCCUCUCCAAGCGUCUCGGGAUGUGUGUGGGGGCCCAUGGGCCUGGCGCCCCACUGCGCUCAAUAGUGACCCUGUUGGCCUUCACGGGACACGCCCUACCCUGGAUCUUUGGCACCCUAAUCUGUCUGUGGCAGAGCAACACCCUGGCUGGACAGGAAGUCCUCGUCAACCUGCUGCUGGCCCUGAUCCUGGACCUGAUGACAGUUGCUGGGAUGCAGAAGUUGGUUAAGCGCAGGGGACCAUGGGACUUCCCUCCAGGGUUUUUGGAUUACAUUGCCAUGGAUUUGUAUUCUUUCCCAGCAGCCCACUCCAGCCGAGCCGUCAUGGUGUCCAAGUUCCUAUUGAACCACCUGGUGCUGGCGGUCCCGCUGAGGAUCCUGCUCUACCUGUGGGCCUUCCUGGUGGGCGUGUCCCGGGUGCUGCUGGGGAAGCACCACAUCUCAGACGUCGGCUGUGGAUUCGCUCUCGGCUUCCUGCACUUUAGCCUUGUGGAGUCUGUUUGGUUGGACUCGGCCACCUGUCAGACCCUCCUCUCCAUCGGCAGGCUGCAGUGGACUCCACUAGUUUAGAAGCUGUUCAAAUGGGAAUAAGACUGCUGCUGACUGGUUUUUAUUGAUACUGUUGAAUUUUUCCCCUCAUGUCUUUAUGUGUGCUACAUUGGGAGGUUCUUGGUUAGAUCGGAAUCAGUUGAUCAGACUGGUUUUAACUGGUAAAAACUGGCCUUUUUUGAAUGAUGAUUUUGUGUUAAACAUAGCCGCUAAUUUAUUGAACCCAGCUUGAACUGGUCUAGUUAGAAAGUGGUUUAGGGAACUUAUUAGGGAAACCGGUGUUGUCCAUUCUGGACGGGUUUGUGUCAGUAGUACCUGCUGAAUACUCAUUGUUUGGGUCAGUUUAGAGGCUAAAUCUGCUCCAAUUGAGUCUAAACAGGUUAAAUCUUGUUGCAGCUAUGAUAACCCAUCUGGUUUGGACUGGUUUAAGCCACCGAAUGGCUGGUUGGGGACACCUAUUUUCAUUGUGUUGAACUGGUUGCGCUCUGGUUGUAACUGGUUCAAUCUGGUAUAAAUUAGUGAACGCUGGAACUGUUGAUACGACGUCUUAACGCCUGUUGGCGAUCGCUGUGAUGGUUGAAAGGUGUAGUUUUGGCUCUGGUUUGGAGCUCUGAUGGGAAAGGUGAAGUGAAUGUGGUCUCUGGGGUUUGAACAUUUGGUUUCUUGUGGUAAGGAGACAGAUGGUGGGACAGGUCACUAACAGGAAGUGUUUCUGGUCAGAUUUCCUGGUUUUAACUUUACUAUUUUUUAAUACGGCUAAACAAAAUGUUGUUCAAAUUUGCUGCUGCUGAUUUUUCCCAGGUGAUAAAGAUGGUAGAAGCCAAUAACUGAAUCAGGGUUAGGCCUUAAACACCUCAAACCUUGCCUCAUCAGUUAUUUGUGGGCUUUCAGUUACAUCUGUCAGAGGUACUGAUGAAGAUGAAAAUAAAAAUGUAGUUUUAUAACUUGAUUCAAUGAGGUUUAAAUAAUGACAGUAGGAGUCACCCCGUCUGAUGCAGCAGUUUAAUCUGAUCUCAGUUCAGCUGAGUCUCUAACUUUGGUCUUACUAUAAGCCUGGUUAUCUUUAAAUGAGCCUAAGUGAAAAUUGACUUGUUGAUAAGGAAGGACAAACAGGAAAUGGUACGAUUUUUUAGGCUAUUGUAAGCUAUUUUUAAAUGUAUUAAAUUGUUUGAUUUAACAACUGAAA